AUGGACUCGGACCCUUAUGAUGUGGACACUUUGGACCAUGGUUCAUCUGACGAGCCGCAGCCUCCAUCCACUCGUGUCCCCAACCCAGAGGGCAGAAAUCAACAUCGACAAUGUCCUUCGAAAGAUGAUCAAUUCAUCCAGAAAGUCCUCACCCAGUACCACAGCGACAACAUCACCAAUAGGAAAAAGAUCAGCCGCCUUCUCAAGGCUGAGCACGGCAUAAUUAUGAGCGAAGCAACUGUUGCUCGACGUCGGCAACAAUUUGGGCUUCUAGGAAGCAGUCAGUCGACGCGCUCACUGCCCAAUUCAACGAAGCGGCAGUUGGUACUUGACCAACUUGCGCAAGAUCCUCUUCACCGUCGCGGGCCACGCUUAGUCCGGGAAGCCAUAGUGGCUGACACAGGAAAUUUACUGACAAGGGAAUAUGUGAUGAAUGAAAUGAGGCGACACGAGCCUGAUGGAUUUGCCCAGCGGGAACCUUCAAAGAAGAAGACUUCUCGACAGCCACUGGUUUCGCUCGGACCUCAUCAUCAAUGGAGUGGUGACGGGCACGACAAAUUGAGUAAGAUAGGUUUUCCCAUAUGGGCCGUUCGUGAUCAGUGGUCUGGAAAAUGGCUGGGAAUGUGGGUAGUUCCGAACAAUUGUCUUAAGACAACGAUUGCCUACCUUUACUUAUCUCUUGUCUACGAGAUUGGUGGAAUGCCGCUUCAAACAACAACUGACUGCGGAAGCGAAACAACUGAAGUAUAUGGUUUUGCCAAUGCAUUAAGGGAAAUCUUUUCUCCGAAUCUAUCUAAUGACGAGCUGCCUGCACAUCGAUUUUUGAAGAGUGUUCACAAUAUCACGAUUGAGCGUGGCUGGCUUCGUGUGCGUGUUCAGUGGGGAGAUAAUGUGAAGAUCUUUUGGGAAGCAGGCGAAGAAAUUUAUAACGAUAUGGAUCCACGCCAAUACGAUCUCGUUCAGUGGCUAUGGCCACAGUUAAUCCAACAAGAGCUUGACAAGCUGAAGCAUCGUCUCAACACCCAUACUGUUCGGUACGAUCGUGAUAAAAUAUUACCGUCUGGUAUCUCCCCGAACAUCGCAAUGUCACUGCAUGAAGACUACGGCGCCGAGAAUUGCCUGCAACCAGUGGAUCGUGAUGUCGUCAAGAAUCUCAUGGAGGAGAUUGGCGGAGAAGAUCUCAUCCGUUUUGUUGACUCUGAGUAUAGUGUUGCUGCACAAUUGAUCUUCAAUGAUCUUGGAUUCACUGUCUUAACUUUCGAGAACGUCUGGCAAGUGUUUGCUGCAAUGUUACCAUUAAUGUAG